CUUCCACAUCUACCCAUCCGUCCCCGUCUCCUUACGCGUCAAACAUACUCUCAUCCCCAUCCUAAGCAUUCGAAUUUGGAGCUUCAAAAGGGAUUCAUCGAUUUAGGGAACAAUGUCUCUCCAGGUGAACCUCGCUUCGCCAGAGUUACAGGUCGCCUACCAAGAUGUCGUCGCUGGCCGCGACAUUGACUGGGCCCUCUUCACCUACGAACGUGGUACGAACGACCUGAAAGUGCAGUCUACUGGCGAUGGAGGACUCGAGGAACUUCAGGAGGAGUUCAGCGAUGGCAGAAUGCAGUAUGCUUUCUUGCGCGUCAAAGACCCCAACAGUGGUCUUCCAAAGUUCGUUCAAAUCAACUGGUGUGGUGAUGGUGUCCCAGAGAACAGAAAGGGCCUCUUCCAUACCCACUCAAGCGCUGUUUCACGAUUCCUACGUGGAACGCACGUCGUCAUCAACGCACGCAAUGAGUCAGAUGUCUCUGAGUCCAUCAUCAUGGCCCGUGUCUCACGCGCAUCUGGCGCCAACUAUACUGCGCAAAAGAACGCUGAGCCAGCCCGCAAGUUUGAGCCCAUCGCGCCCGUUGGUACCAGCUACACACCUGUCGGACGCCCUGACAUCGCGGCUAUGCGCAAAGCAGCUCCCCCGGCAGCCUCAUCCGCAGCGGCUGCGCCACCGCCGCCUCCAGCUGCAACCCGCCCCGUCCCAAUGCCUGGCAUGGGAAGCAGGCCGGCUGUGCCCACUGCCCCCCGUCCUACCCCUGCGUAUUCCAGGCCGAGCGCUGGUGCGCCCAAGGAUGCUUGGCCAGAGGAGGCACCUUCAGCACCAGCUCCGCCCCCUCCCGCGCGUGCGCCGGCGCUCCCUACUACGGCGAGGCCGAUUGGUUCUGCUGGCUCACGCCCGAUGGGCUCGUCGCCUGCUCCCGCCGCUGCUUCGAAUGUACCCCCAAAGCCCGCCGAGGAGGACCGCAUUGGGCCUGUUGGAACCGCGUACACCCCCGUCUCGCUGCCCAAACCCAAGAAGCUCAACAACCCCUUCGCCAAGUUCGAGCAGACCUCCGAGCCAGAGCAAACUGCCUCCAAGCCUGCCGCCCGAGUACCCGGGAAGCUCACGUGGAGCGAGCGGCAGGCCAUGGCGAAGAAACAGGCCGAGGAAGAGGAGCAGCGCAGCAAAGAAUCGAGUUGGAAGGCUCCCUCCGGUACGCCUGCUGGGCGCUCUGUCCCUCCUGCCCCUGGUGGUGGUGGACGUGCAUUCGGUGCAGCUGCUGGCGCCGCCGCCGUGGGUGGUGUUAUCGGAGCAGCCGCUGUUGCUGCGACUUACGCUCAGGAGGAAGAGGAGGCGGCUCCGCCACCUCCCCCGCCCCCUCCGGCUGCUCCCCCUAUGCCACCACGCGGCAACCGUCCGCCCAUCUUUGAGAAGGAGGAUGAGCCAGAGCCUGAGUGGGAAGAGGAAGAGGAAGAGAGUGCACCUCCUCCGCCACCCCCGCCUCCGCCUCCUCCCCCGGCGCCGGCUGCUGCGCCUGAGCCCGAGCCAGAGGUCGAAGAAGCAGCACCUCCCCCGCCGCCACCGCCCCCUCCGCCUCCUCCACCGCCGCCGGUGGCUCAGAUGGCUUCCCUCUCUGUGCAAGAGCCCGAGCCCGAGCCUGAAGUGGAACCCGAGCCGGAGCGUCACGCUGCAGCCGAGGGCCCUGUGACGGGCGAAGGAGUGUGUGCACGCGCACUGUACGACUACGCUGCGGAAGAGGAGAACGAGAUGAGCCUCGUCGAAGGGGAGAUCAUCGAGCAGAUCGAAGAGGUUGCCGAGGGUUGGUGGACUGGCGUCGCGCAGGGCGGGGCGAAGAGUGGCAUGUUCCCUGCGAACUUUGUCGACCUUGUUGAAAGCGUGCCGCCUGAGGAGCACGCAGUCGAGGCGGAGGCCCCACCGCCCCCACCGCCCCCUCCACCUCCGCCGCCGCCGCCGCCCGCUCCCGCAGCGCCCGAACCGGAGCCUGAGCCUGAGCCUGAACCGGAGGCCGCUGCCGAGGACGAGGGUUAUGUUGCCGUCGCCCAAUACGAUUACGAUGCCGCGGAGGAGAACGAGAUCUCGUUCCGUGAGGGCGACAAGAUCACACACAUCGAAGCGGUCGAUGAGAACUGGUGGCAAGGCACCAAUCCGCAUGGCCAGACGGGGCUGUUCCCUGCUACUUAUGUGGAGAUGCAAGAGUGAUUUUACAGAAGGAGCAAUGGCUAGAGCUGAGUGAAGGUUUGCCUUAGGAGAUGUAAUCAGGCGUGUACAUGACAAGUCUAUAAGUUAGGCGUAGACAGUGAAAUUAUACAUUCAAUCUCAUCUGUGCAAGGAUUUUCUCGUACCCGUGUCAGGGACGACGUCUUUUGAAACCCUGACCGCUAUAACUCUGGAUGUGCAAACCGCCACGGCCUCACCUAGAGCACGAUCCGCAUCUUCGUCAAGAUCGACAUGAGUAGCAUCCGCGAACAUCAUGACAGACAGUGCGAUCUCCUCUAGCUUGAGAGUCCGGGACCUCAUGGCGUCGAAUUUGCGCACGGAGAGGAAGAGGUACGGUCCGACGAGUGUGCGUACGACCAUGUUCAGGAACACGGUUAUUAUUGACAAUAUCGCUGCGCUCGUGCCAUGAGAUGGUAGGUGGAGCCGGACAGUGGUGGCGUGAAGUAUGCCCUCGAGUAAGACUGUGAGGAAAGAGAGGACGUGGUCCCGGACCAAGAGACCUAAGAAGGUGUCCGUCGAUCUCAUGCAGCAGCGCGACACCCUGCGGUCGAGGGUCCGCGCCUCUGUGACGUGGACUUGGAAGCGGUAGAUCGACAGCGCGGUGAGCAAGAGCUGAAACGCGAGCAGCAUCCCGUAGUUGGUCUGGGCCACCCAGAGGCGGCUGGUGGCGACGCGAGAGGAGCACGUGGAGAUACGGCCGUCAAUGAGGGUCGACCAAACGUCGAAGCCGGCUUUCGGAUCAUCGAGCAAGACCGUGGUGGCGAUGGCGAAAGACUGGGCGGCGACGAGAUAUGUCCAUAGGAACCAGCCGAGUCUGCGCGGCUUUCCCAUGAGGGCGUUGACCCGGAUGACCAGCAUAGUUCCGACCAGCGUGCACAUGACCAUCUCAAGUACGUUCCCCAGAAUGUACCAAACCAUGCCAAGUUCGUCGCUGGCUUGAGCUGGAGUAUUGUAUAUGUUCAACAUGAGUUGGUCAAGCGCAUAUAACAGGCCGCCAUAACGCAGCAUAACAUAAAGAAGAGUCAUCCUCGUCCAGUCCCGCAUCCAUAUCAACUCGACCUCUUGACCGAGGUGCUUACAGUAGUUCCAAAUCGUCAAAGUGGUCAUGGCCACUUGUGCGUAAGCCUGAACUUCCCCGUACGACAGCACACCGGCAGCGUCUGGUGCAUCGUACACCGUGGUCAUCCUCUGGGUAAGCGCGAAGUCAAGAGGGCCCGGAGGGGC